AUGGACUUUGAAGGCGACGCGUGCUCCUCCGCAUUAACCUGUUGGUGUUGCAUCGAGCGGAAGAUAAGGGCGGGGGGAGAUGGAAAAGGAGAACUGGAGUGGAUAGCUUACCAGUGGAACGACCAAGGGCAGGUGUUCUCCCAGCCUACACCUGUCAAGCUUGUUCACAAACGGGCCUCCGUUCAUAGCCUUCUCGCGCUCGCCAUACACGUCCGACGCAUCUCCGGCGGCUACAACGCAUUGGUUUUAUCCUUGUAG